CGGCGACUUCCUCCCUUCCAUCCCCCAUCCUUGGCGAAAAUGUGGAGCCGGUCCGCUUGUCGUCUUUUGAGAGGCUGCGCAACUCACUCGUCAACAGCGCAGUCAUCGGUGGCCGCAUGCCAAGCAGCGACGGACUCGGCUCAUCGUCUGGGUGUGACCAGCCUGCUCGUGGGUGCAUCCGUCUGUGUGGGAGGCGCGGCGUGGUGGGAGAGGCAGCGGUAUCGUCAGAGUGGGAGAGUGGCGCGCUGUGACAUCAACACCAAUGCCAAUGCCAACGCCAACAAUCACCGGAACCCGCUGUGGCGGAGCCAGGAGCGCAAGCCCAUCGAGAAGAAGAUCGAGGAGUCGCUCAUCUUGUCGGGCAACUCGAAUGUGCCUCUGGCUGAGGGCAUCGCCAACCACCUGGGCAAGAAGCUCGGCUCCAUCCAGCUCAAGCGGUUCGCCGACGGGGAGGUGUCGCUGCAGAUCAUGGACUCUUUGCGCGGCAAGGACGUGUACCUCAUCCAGCCCACAUCGCCGCCCGUCAACGAGCACCUGAUGGAGCUGCUCCUCAUGAUCAGCACAUGCCGCCGCUCGUCAGCCAAGAAGAUCACCGCCGUCAUCCCCUACUACGGCUACGCCAGGCAGGACCGCAAGCUCAGCAGCCGCGUGCCCAUUUCUGCCGCCGACGUGGCCCGGCUGAUCGAGACCAUGGGUGUCGACCGGGUCGUCGCCGUCGACCUGCAUUGCGGCCAGAUCCAGGGCUUCUUCGGUCCUCGAGUGCCCGUCGAUAACCUCGAGGCACAGAUCAUCGGACUCGAGUAUUUUUUGAACAAGAACCUCCAGAAGCCCAUCAUCGUGUCACCCGACGCAGGUGGCGUCUACCGCGCGCGCAAGUUCCAGGAGGGGCUGAUCUCACGGGGCAUGGACGACGUCGGCAUCGCCAUGCUCAUCAAGCAGCGUGCGGGAGCCAACAAGAUCGACAGGAUGGACCUCGUCGGGUCCGUCAGGGGUUCGGAUGUCAUCAUCGUGGGUAAGCUAAAUCGCACGCAAGGUGGGUGGGAGAACCGUGACAUGUCUGUUGUGACAUUCAGAUGAUAUGAUCGACACUGCGGGCACGUUGUGUGAGGCUGCUCGCGAGCUGCGGAAGCACGGGGCACGCCGCGUGUUCGCCUUCGCUACACACGGCCUGUUCAGCGGACCUGCACUCGACAGAAUCGAGGUUCGCACACAUUGACCAAGGCGAAUGAAGACACAUUACACACUGAUGGUGUUUUCUUCAGGCGUCUCCUUUGGAGGAGGUGGUGGUCACGGAUUCGAUCCCGUCCAACGACCGUGUGAGAAAGUGCACCCGCAUCACGCAGCUCAGCAUUGCGGUGCUCGUUGCCGACGCCAUACGAAGGAUCCACCAGAAGGAGUCCCUCCAUGACCUCUUCCACACCCGAGCAUGA